AUGUCUUCAAAACAGUGCUUGCUAGGGCUGUUCUUCCUCCUCAGUGUUCUGGUACUUCACACCACUCCCUCUUUUGCUGGUCGAUUUGAGCGUAUCAAGCCCCCCCACCCACCAGCCAAACCCAAGCCACCCCAUAGGCACCUCUUGACAGAUGAACUUGAUGAGCACAACCCAUUGAAAGGCAAGGGCGACAAGCCACCAUUCAAGCCCGAGCCACCGAAGGGAAAGGGGGAUAAACCACCAUUCAAGCCCCUGCCACCAAAAGGUAAGGGCGACAAGCCACCAUUGGAGCACGAGCCACCUAAGGGCAAGGGUGGCCACCCACCAUUCGAGCAUGAGCUACCAAAAGGUAAGGGUGAUAAGCCACCAUUUAAGCCCGAGCCACCUAAAGGUAAGGGCGACAAGCCACCAAAAGGUAAGGGAGAGAAGCCACCACCAGAGCAUCACCCAGGACACAUUUUGGUAGAAGAAUUGGAGGGCUCGCACAAGCCACCAUUCAAGCAUGAGCCACCUAAGGGUGACAAGCCACCGUUUAAGCCUGAGCCACCAAAAGGUAAGGGAGAGAAGCCACCACCAGAGCACAAGCCAUCCCAUGAGCACCACCCAGGACAUAUUUUGGUAGAAGAAGUUGAGGACACACACAAGCCUCCUCGGAAGCUAACUCCACCAACUUAUCCAAAGAAGAAACCGGAUCACCCCUACAAGCCACCCCAUCACCCCAAAAAGCCCCCAGUUGCCAACUGA